GCGCCUUGUCCCUCCGUUCGCUUUCUUCCGGUACUUGCUGCUUCCUGAGCCUACUACCUGGGGUUGAGGGGAGAUACAAAUAGUCACCGGUGACCCGUCAGAUGAGUGCCUGUUGCUGGGGGCGUGGACGAUGGUUCCUGACGGGGGAGGUGGUUUCUGACCUGUGACCUGACCAUCACGUGCUCUAGAACAAGUGCCCUGGGCCAUGCAGCCACCUUGCCUUCCCUGGGAAGGGACAUGAUGGCUUCCCAGAUGAACAAGGCAUUGGCCCAGGCCCCCCAGGUCCUUCUGAGUCCACUGGAGCCAAUGGUGGGUGAGCCUGGCCCUGAAACCCCUGCCCAGCGCUUCCGGGGGUUCCGCUACGAGGAGGCAGCAGGGCCUCGAGAGGCCCUGGCCCGGCUCCGAGAGCUGUGUCACCAGUGGCUGCGGCCAGAGGUGCUCUCCAAGGAGCAGAUGCUGGAGCUGUUAGUGCUGGAGCAGUUCCUGGCUGCACUGCCUCCCAAGAUCCAGGCCCAUGUGCGGGGACAACAGCCAGGCAGCCCUGAGGAGGCCGCCGCCCUGGUUGAGGGUUUGCAGAUCUGCAGGACCGAACAUUCCUUCACCCUGCUGGGCCUGCCUUCCUGUCCCCAUGCCCCAGCCUCCAGACCCCUCAAGGAGCUAGUCCCCAAGACGGAGGAGGGAGAGGAGCAGGAGGCUCCCCUAGGCUCCUUCCAGUCCUUCCUUCCAGGAGUCCCCAUCUUUCCAGCACUCGGCGGCCCCAAAGUCAAGCAAGAAGAUGACGGUGAGGCCCCAAGGCCGGCUGCUGCAGGUCACAGAGGUGAGGUGGAGUCCCUAGGACAGUGGGCUCUGCAGGUGGCUACAGAGGAAAGCCAGGGCCCCUGGGGUGUGCUGAAGACAGACGUGAGGGGCCCCUCUGAGAGGGCUGUGUCUGGAGGCCAGGGAGCCUGGGAAGACCCUGCAGAGGCCCCGAUGGAGGCAGGGGACAGUCGGGAGCAGCAUGCUACACUGGGAGCCCCCGGAGGGAAGCUGGAGCCUGCAGACUGUGGGAGGGAUGGGGCUGGGCUCAGGAGCGACCCUGAAGACAUGGCGCUGCCGAGCCCCUCUCCUCUCCCGGGGGAGCCGGGCUGCCGGUGCAGGGAGUGCGGCAAGGAGUUCAGCCAGAGCUCCUAUCUGCUGCAGCACCGGCGCGUGCACACGGGUGAGAAGCCCUACACGUGCGCCGAGUGCGGCAAGGCCUUCGCCUGGAGCUCCAACCUCAGCCAGCACCAGCGCAUUCACACGGGUGAGAAGCCGCAUGCGUGUCCGCAGUGCGGCAAGGCCUUCCGUGCGCACUCGCAGCUCAUCCACCACCAGAAGACGCACAGCGGCACGAAGCCCUUCUGCUGCCCGGACUGUGGCAAGGCCUUCGGCCGCAGCACCACGCUGGUGCAGCACCGGCGCACGCACACAGGUGAGAAGCCCUACGAGUGCCCAGAGUGUGGCAAGGCCUUCAGCUGGAACUCCAACUUCUUGGAGCACCAGCGGGUGCAUACGGGCGCACGGCCCCACACCUGCCCAGACUGCGGCAAGGCCUUUAGCCAGAGCUCCAACCUGGCCGAGCACCUGAAGAUUCACGCGGGCGCACGGCCACACGCCUGCCCCGACUGUGGCAAGACCUUCCUGCGCAUGGCGGGCCUGCGGCAGCACCAGCGCACACACAGUGAGGAGAGACCCUUUGCCUGCACCGAGUGCGGUAAGCGCUUCCGGGAGAGCUCGCAGCUCCUGCAGCACCAGCGCACGCACACGGGAGAGCGGCCCUUCGAGUGCGCUGAGUGCGGACAGGCCUUCAUCAUGGGCUCCAACCUGGCUGAGCACCGGCUCGUGCACACGGGAGAGAAGCCCCACGCGUGCGCCCAGUGCGGCAAGGCUUUCAGCCAGCGCUCCAACCUGCUUAGCCAUCAGCGCGUCCACUCGGGCGCCAAGCCCUUUGCCUGCGCCGACUGUGGCAAGGCCUACAAGAGCAGCUCGGGCCUGGCACACCACCAGCGCACGCACACAGGCGAGCGGCCCUUCACCUGCGCUGACUGCGGCAAGGCCUUCAAGAGCAGCUCAAGCCUGGCCCACCACCGGCGCACGCACAGCGAGGAACGGCCCUUCACCUGCUCUGACUGUGGCAAGGCCUUUAAGAGCAGCCCUGAGCUGCGCCAGCACCAGCGCCUGCACUCCGGGGAGAAGCCCUUGGGCUAGGCCAACUGGAGCAAGUCCUUCAAGAGCAGCUUGGGUCGGGCACACUGCUGGCUCGCACACUGGCGAGCAGCCCUAUGCCUGUGGCUUGGGCAAGAAGCCUUUCAGCCACCACUCCAACCUCAAUGGACACCAGAAGUGGCACUGCAUCCUGACCCUGGACGUCCAUGAGCAGGAGGGUUAGUUCAGCGACCCACUGGGCGUAGUAGGGCUCAGGGUCCAGAAACACGGAACAGCAGAGACCUGGGAGUGUAAAUUCAUAGUCUGCUGACCCUGGGAAUGCAGGAGAAGCAAUGAUGGGUGCAGAGUAUCAUGGCUGGAGAGACAGUCUCUGUGACGGCAGCCCCAUUGGUCCCCCCAAACCCAUAACCCCUUACCCCCAUACGCAUAGUGGGCUCAUGACCCGAGGGAGUGGUUCCCAGAGUGGAAGAAGCAAAUUUAGGUCCUGGGAGGGGUGCAUCCAUGCAGAGAUGGGCAAGAAUUGGGGGCUCCAGCAGAUGUGGUGGUCUCCUUUCAGAACCAUGUGAAAUUGAGAUCUGGGGCUCAGGUGGGCUCCCUGGGAAUAAGGGCUGCCUUCCCUCCACCACAGCUGGAACCGAGAUUACACAAGUACUUGUCUCCAGCCAAGGGCUGAGAGUUCAGACAGAGGUCUUGCUCUGGGGACCCUGGUGGGUGGCAGGAGGCCUCGGGCAAGGGGGAGGUGAGGUGGCAUUUGCCAUCCUUAGCUGCUCCCCACCCACCCCAUCCUGCCUCCCCUCUCCUCCAUAGUUGUGGCCAGCAUCUGUU